AUGCCUACUCUCCGCAUAGCCAUCCUCGAGUGUGACACACCGAUGGAUAAGGUACUUGACAAGUACGGCAGCUAUGGCGAUAUCUUCACUGCACUCUUGAAACAAGCUGCCCAAGACUUGACGGCGGCAGGAGAGAAAGUGCAAGUCGAGUGCUCGAAUUAUGAUGUGGUUCACAAGCAAGAGUAUCCCGAGGACUUGGAUAAGGUCGAUGCUGUUUUGAUGACCGGAAGCAAAUACAACUCUUUCGACAAUGACCCCUGGAUUCUCAAAUUGGUUGACUUUACAAAGAAAAUCCUCGAACCUCAAUCUCGCAUCCGUGUUUUGGGCAUCUGCUUUGGCCAUCAGAUUGUCGGCCGCGCUCUGGGUGCCAAAGUCGACCGUGGUACCCUCGGUUGGGAAGUCAGUGUCACACCUUUGGAACUGACUUCAGUGGGUAAAGACAUCUUUGGCGUCGACUCCUUGAGCAUACACCAAAUGCACCAAGACAUGGUCUUCUCAUACCCCGAAGGCGUGCUUCCAUUGGCACACACAACUCGCUGUGAGAACCAAGGCAUGUAUGCCAAAGGACGCCUGAUCACUGUACAAGGACACCCAGAGUUCAACAAGGAAAUGGUGACGCAUAUUCUGACUGCGAGACAUGAUGCUGGCGUAUUUAAGGAUGAGAUCUAUGAGGAUGGCAUCAAGAGAGUGGGAGAGACGCACGGUGGCGCUGUUAUUGCGAAGGCGUUUUUGGAGUUCUUGAUGCAAUGA